AUGGAAUUGCUUGGGGUUUCACAUGAUAUCUACUCUUUGAAUAUUCUGAUCAACUGUUUAUGCCGCUCUCGUCAAGUGUUCUCGGGUUUAUCAGUUGUGGGGAAAAUCAUGAGACGGGGUUAUGAGCCUGAUGUAGUCACCUACACCACCCUAGCUAAUGGAUUCUGUAUCCAUGGUAAGAUAUUCGCAGCAUUAAGCUUGAUUGAUCAAAUGGUGAAAGAAGGAUAUAAGCCUAAUGUUGUAACAUUUAACACUUUGGUCAACGGACUUUGUCUUGAGGAUAGAGUUUUCGAAGCGGUGAGUUUACUUGACCAAAUGCUAAAGAUUGAUUGUCAACCCGAUAUAGUUACAUUUGGCACUGUUAUAAACAGGGUCUGUAAGUUAGGGGAUUAUGAUUUGAUAUUGAAUCUACUCGUGAUGAUGGAGGAAAUGCGCAUUGAGGUCAAUGAAAGAAUUUAUUGUACGAUCACUGAUUGCCUUUGCAAAUUAGGACACAUGGACGAUGCAUUGAGCCUCUUUGGAAAGAUGGAUAACGUCGGGAUUGUACCAAAUGUUAAUACCUACACCUCUUUCAUAAACAACCUUUGCAGAGUUGAGAAGAGGUUUCUGAAGGCCAAAGAAUUAUACGAGGAGAUGAUCCGAAGAGGUUUAGUUCCGAAUACUAUUACUUAUACUUCAUUGAUCAAUGGAUUUUGCAUGCAGAAUCGCCUUGACGAGGCGGAACAGAUGGUAGAUAAGGGUAUGAAUCUCUGUUAUGAGAUGUCUCGAAGAGAAUUGGUUGCUGAUUCGUUUACUUAUAACGUUCUCAUCCAAGGGUUUUAUCGAGUAGACAACCUUGAUGCUGCCCAAAAGUUUCUCCUGGAGAUGCAGUAUAAAGGUCAUCAUCUUGAUCUUAUAACUUACAGCAUUUUGCUUGAUGGUCAUUGUAAGAACGGAAAAACAGACAAGGCACUUGGCCUAUAUAAUAAGCUGAAAAAGAGUGGGAUUGAUCUCAAUAUAUCCAUCCAUAGUGUUAUGGUGCAUGGGUUAUGCAAGGCCGGGAAAGUUGACAAGGCAUUCUUGUUAUUUAAUGGACUUCUUGAUAAAGGAGUGAAACCGAAUGUUAUCACAUAUAAUAUAAUGAUUUCCGGACUUUGUGGAAAAGGUUUACUUUAUGAAGUCGAAACGGUAAUCGGAAGGAUGAAAGAGGCUGGUUGUUUUCCUGAUGAUGUUAUAUACAACACAUUGAUCAAGGGUCAUCUCAAGAGUGGCUCUCCAUCGAUGGUUAUCGAGCUCAUACGAGAAAUGCGGAGCAAUGAGUUUUCUAUACAUGAAUCGACCAUAAACAUGAUAAUAGAUAUGGUGUCUGAUGGUAGAUUGAAAAAAGAGUUUCUGAAACUUCUCUGUUAG